CUACCACAAUCAAAGUUUGCAUGUUCAAACAUACGACCAUCAUGUUCAAAUAGCCGAUUAUAUUUUACCGAAAAUAAUUCGUUUCAAUUUAAAUUUACCGAUUCACGGUAUUUUUAUUCAUUGAUCAUUCAUAUCGGAUGUUUACAGUGGUAAAAUGUCGUUUGUGUACAAUAUGUAUUCUAAUUGCUGUUAACAUUGGUUUUAUUGUCUAUCUGGCCACUAAUGUUGAUCAAAGUCUCGAUGAUGAUGAUGAUUGUGAUCGAUGGAUGGAUCAAUCACUUGUGAAUGGUGAUCACCAGGAAUCACCCAUCAAUGUAGAAGUAUGGAGUAAAUCUGCUAUUGGUCAAUAUUUUUGGGAAACUAUCCUCGGUGGACAUAUCGAAUCAAAAAUGAUGAAUGAUCUAUACAUGGAAGGUUGGAAAACUAUCGGACCGGUGCGUUUUCAUUUUCGAACUGGUCCAUCGCUCAAACCGGAAAGCUAUCCAUCAUUCAGGCCAGCCAAUUUGGUGCUCAUUCUAAAUUGGCGUAGUGUUGACAAAAUCAAUUAUGCUAAUAAAUGGCUUCGUACAUUAUUCGAGGAUCUGAGUGGUGUGCCAUCUAAUGUAGGCAUCAUAGCAUUGGGAAAUGAAUUCUGUAACAACACUUGGUUUACCGAUCUAUACGUCGAUAAUGGAAGAUAUCGGAAUCUACGUUUCUUGUUUCUGGUAUAUGACUCUCCAUUGAUCGAUAACCAAUUGAUAUAUCAAUGGCCAUUGGGCGUUGCAACAUAUCGUCAUUUUCCUUCUCCCUAUACAACUGAUGAUGACCAUAAGAUUGAUCUUCAAUCAUCGAGGCCAUAUGUUUGUAAUUUUAUCGCCACUAUUUAUCAAAAUUCUUCCCGUCAAGAGCUUCAAAAUUUAUUCAUCAACAAUGUCCACAAUUGGAAUCAUGGCUGCUUAAUCAAAACUCGUUCAAAAUGGAUGGCCAAUGAAAAUGUAGAAUCAAUGGACAGUUAUGUCCAAGCUUUACAUUCAUCGGAUUUAACAUUAUGUCCUUCGGGUUUAAAUGUUGAAUGUUAUCGAAUUUUGGAAGCCGUCGAAUAUGGAUCCAUACCCGUGAUCGAAGAGAUUGUCAAUACCAAUGACCACAAUCAAUGUGAUCGAAUACAGAUAUUACGAUUAUUCAAACAAUUCGAUGCUCCAUUCAUCUAUGUUCGCAAUUGGACUGAACAAUUACCAGAUUUGUUGACACAAUACAAUGCUCUUAAUUUACGUGAACGUGUAAAAAAACGAAUUCAACUAAUCAAGUGGUAUCAUCAUUUUCGAAUUCGAUUACGGAAUCAUUUUGUUAAUGUUUUGCAUAAACGAUUUGUUCAUUGA